AUGCAUUCACAAAUAUCUAACAAAUCUAUUGAAUUAGAAAAUGAAUGUGAACAGAUAUGUUUACAUGAAUCAGCGAUGUAUAUUUUGGUUCUAAUCAAACCUCGUAUUCUAUAUAUGUAUCGUAUUGACGAUGGUCGACAAAUGGCUAAAUUAUUUCUCUAUGAUUUUGUUUCAUCGAUGAGAGUCAACGAUGAUUUUGUUGUUUUAGCUAUGAAUGAUCGACGUUUAUUGACAUUAAUGAUUGCCGAUCCAAACAAUCCGAAUGUACGAGAAAAAAUUCAAGCAUUGUCUAGCAGAAAUGAACAACGAGAAGUUCAAUCAGCAACAAUCAAACUUGUACAACAUAUCGAGAAAUGUGCUGAUAUGAAUUUGAACAAUGAUAAUGUUACUACUGAAAACAUUAGUGUUAAUCAAACGGAUGACGAUGAUGAUGAUGCUAGGAGCGCAGGGAAUACACGUUGCUAUAAUAUUAUGGGUGAUGCUCCAAAUGUGGAUUCAGAAUCUGUGGCACAAGUUUUGAACAAUCAAGAGUUUACUGAUCAGGAACCGUUUGAUCAUGAUUCACAUUUAACAACAAUCGAACAACCACAACACCAAACUGACUAUGAUUUAGAUACUAUUCGUCAGAAAAUGUUCGAAUACGAACAAGAUCAAUUGAACGGUGUUCAAAUGGCCAAUGCAGGCAAAGAAAAUUUAAAAAUUAUCAACUGUUAUUCAGUUACUUCGACUACAUGUAAUCUUCUUUGA